AUGUCCGGUCUCUCCGGAGUAGAAGUAACAGAAGACGAAGGCUCAGUUUCUUGUACAUUGGAAGGAGAAAGGCAAAAACAAGAGCAAGAUUCUCCUGUCUUGGAGCAUCCAUCCAUUGCUGAAGUUGCUAAAGACGCUAUAGUUGCAGAGUAUGGUUUGAGAUAUCAAAUGAAUGGUCUUGAGUCGUAUGCGCUUAUGGCUUCAGCGGUUGGUGGAAUCCUUGGACAGUUGAUGCUUCUUUGUUUAAGCUUGGUUUAUGAUCGUUACUUGAAGACACUCCCCAUGAGGCCACUGAUCCAUAUCGUCCAGCUCCAUAACGAGAAACAGAAGCGCAAACAUAACAAGAAUCAGUCUCAGUUAGGUCACAACUCACAAGUUUCAGAUAAUGACAGAUAA